AUGAACCGUCUCAGUGGACCCCUCCCUCAAACUAUGUUCCGUACCACACUCCAGUCGUUGUUGUUGCAACAGAACAAUCUCUCCGGGUGGGUCUUGCCCAUGGGGUCCCAGCCCCCAUCCUACGGUGAGGGCUCGAUUGCGGAUUUGAGCCACAACUCCAUAACGGGUGAGCUGUCGCCGAUCCUGGCUGGUGUGGAGAGCUUGUUUUUGAAUAACAAUCGUCUGAUUGGGAGGGAAAUGCUGUCAUCGACGACGUUGGUGAAUUCCUUCAACUUGCUGCUCAACUCCAAAGCUUCAGUCGAGUUAUUUACAACCAACCCUUCCUCCUCCGUGACAACGUCACUAGAAAACUCAGGGGGAAGAAAUCUGGGGGGGGGGUAG